AGAUUCCCGCGUCCAUCUUCUAUCUUCUAUCUUCCAUCUUCAUCUUCAUCUCCUGUACAUGACAUCGCGGUCUCCUGAGCCCCGCGAAUUCGAGUUGUACACUACACUAAGCUCCGAUUUCUGAUUUCUUCGCCGAAACCAUGAACGCGACUCGGAUAAUUCGGCCGGAAUCGUUCGGAACUCGCUUUCGAAUCGCCGACCGCCACCCUCUCCUCCACCUCCGUCUUCUCUUCCUCUUCGUCCCCACCUAAAGCGAAACAAGACCAGUCUCUGUUUCUCGAACUACCCCUUUUUUUAUCACUUGUAUUGCCAUGUCGUCUUUCUCUCUCCUCACUGAAGACCUCCUCGUACAUAUUUUCGACAUGCUUCACGACGGCGCCGAUCGGAAGACGUGGCGCCUGGUCUGCAAGGACUUCCUCCGAGUUGACUCGCUCCGCCGCACGAGCCUCCGAGUCAUCCGCCCCGAGUUUCUCCCGACGUUCCUCCCGAAGCUCGGGAACGUCGAGGUUCUGGACCUGUCGGCGUGUCCGCGGAUCGACGACGCCGCGGUGGCGAGCCUGCUGAGCCGGGUCGACUCGGUCGGGUGGACUCGGCGAGUCAGAUCGCUGGGACUGAGUCGGGCCACCGGGUUGAGGCCGCCCGGGCUGGAGUUGAUGGUGAGGUCGUGCCGGAGCCUGGAAGCGGUGGACGUGUCGUUCUGUUGGACGUUCGGCGACAGGGACGCCGCCGCGUUAUCGUACGCCAGGGGGCUCAGAGUGCUGAAGCUGGACAAGUGCAUGGGGCUCACGGACUUUGGGCUAGCGAAGAUAGCCGUUGGAUGUGGAAAGUUGGAGAGCUUGAGUAUAAGGUGGUGUUUGGAGAUCAGUGACCUUGGGGUUGAUCUUCUCUCUAAGAAAUGUCUAGAUUUGAAGUCCCUUGAUAUUUCUUUUCUCAAGGUGACAAGUGAGUCGCUUCGUUCCAUUGCUUCUCUGCAGAAGCUGGAAGUUUUGGCUAUGGUGGGAUGCUCUUCAAUAGAUGAUAUUGGGUUGCACUUUCUUGGUGAUGGAUGCCCUUCUCUCAAGGCACUGGAUGUACUGAGGUGUGAUAGCGUUAGUUCAUCAGGUCUUAUCUCAGUCAUUAGGCGGCAUGAUGGUCUUCUUGAGCUCAGUGCAGGGUAUUGCUGUCUUGAGUUCUCCCAAAGUCUGCUUCACUGGGUAAAAAGCUUGAAGGAUCUAAACUCAAUAAGAAUUGAUGGCGCUCAAGUUUCUGAUUCCAUCCUUUUUACAAUAGGCUCCAAUUGCAAAAGUCUGGUGGAGAUUGGGCUAAGCAAAUGUGUAGGGGUUACUGAUGAUGGCAUUAUGCAGCUGGUAUCUUGCUGUGUCAAUUUGAAGAUCCUUGAUCUAACAUGCUGCAAUGUUAUCACUGACGAGGCAAUUUCAGCCAUAGCUAGCUCCUGUAGGAAACUUAUAUGCCUGAAGUUAGAGUCUUGCAAUUUACUUACUGAGAAGAGCCUUGAUGCGCUGGGAUCAUAUUGCUCGGGACUUGAAGAGCUGGAUCUUACAGACUGUUGUGGUGUCUGUGACACUGGACUCAAUUAUUUGUCUAGAUGUUCAGAGCUUUUAUGCUUAAAACUGGGACUCUGUGAAAAUAUAUCUGACAAGGGAUUGUUCUAUGUUGCUUCUAACUGCAUAAAAUUACGUGAUGUUGAUCUGUAUCGCUGUACAGGUAUUGGAAAUGAGGGAUUAGGUGCUUUAUCGUGUGGUUGCAAGUAUAUAAAAAAGCUCAACUUGUCAUACUGCAAUGGGGUUAGUGACAAAGGGAUGGAGUAUUUAAGCUGUUUGGAGGAACUGACUGACUUGGAAUUGCGUGGGCUCGUCAACCUCACUAGUGCAGGUUUGACAGCGGUUGCAGCUGGGUGCAAGAGACUGGCAGAAUUAGAGUUGAAGCAUUGUGUGAACAUCAAUGAUCCAGGCUUUUGGUCUCUUGCCUACUACUGUCGGAAUUUGCGACAGAUAAACGUGAGCUAUUGUGCCAUUUCGGAUGUGGUUCUGUGCAUGGUGAUGGGGAACCUGACGUGCCUGCAGGAUGCAAAGCUGGUACAUCUCAGCAAUGUCUCGCUGGAGGGGUUUGAGCUCGCUCUUAGGGUGUGCUCUGCUCGUUUGAAAAAGGUGAAAUUGCUUGCUACUCUCAGAUCCUUGCUUUCCCAUGAGAUCUUGGAUACCCUUCGGGCGAGAGGCUGCAAGAUUAGAUGGGGUUAAACUGCAUCAUUUGGCAAAUGUGACAUUCUGAAGUGGGCAUGGAGGGCACAUUUUGUAUGUUGUGGAUUAAUCUUAUCAGAGGGCCUCACAUGAAAACAGAGAUGGUAGCCUCACUUUAAAGCCUCAUGGUAUGAGAAAUACUUUGUGGAUUUAGAAACCCAGGUGGAAGAUUGUCAAUAUUGACAAUCGUGGUGUGAGAUUUUCGUAUGUUUGUUUUGUUUCCAAACCUUUUUGACAUGGGUGCUCAUCCAAACCGAUUAUUGUACAAGUAUGAAGGUCUUCAGGGUAAGGGGUUCUGCCCUUCAAACAUCCUUCCCUUAGCAUGAGUUAAGGUAUAUAUUUGGUGAGCGAUUUCUAUGGGUUUAGGGUGAUGAGAAAAUUAGAGAAUGUUAUCUUUUAAUGCUGUGUGUACUGGCACCAUUGCAGCCCUUGAGAUGUGUUCGCGUCAUUGCAUAAAUUAACUUGUGGUUUCAAGCCA